CCUGGCACUUUGCCUUACUUACAGCUGUGCUGGUCAUCAUGUCGAGUAGUGUCAAAAGCUUUUCAGUGGGAUAUAAUCCCAUUAACAAAAGCAAUAUUUUCACCAGUGGUGAUUGUAUCACAGGACAAAUUACGCUGGAAAUGGAGAAAAGAUGCACUAUAGAUUCACUCUGUAUAAAGCUGAAAGGAAAAGCAGAGGUCAAGUGGACUGAACAGCAUGGAAAACAAAGCGUAACAUACUAUGCCAAAGUGAAGUACUUCAGUAUCAAGCAGUUUGUCAUUGAGAAGGGCAAGGGCAAUACAACUCUUGGCCAGGGCUGCAAUGUGUACCCGUUCACCUUCCAGAUCCCUGCACAAGAACUGCCGUCCUCCUUCAAAGACACGUACGGAAAGAUCGUGUACACGCUGGAGGCCAACCUGAGCAGGUCGAUGAGAGUAGACAGCAGAGUUAAGGAGAAGUUCACCCUCAGUCACAACUGGAACCUGAACAGCGAUCCGACACUGAUGAGUCCGCAGCAGGACAUCACUGAGAAGAAACUGAGGCUCUUCGCGUCAGGAACAGUGAGCAUGGAUGCAAACAUUGAGCGAACGGGCUUCCACCAAGGAGAAGGCAUAAAGGUUGUGGCAUCUAUUCACAACAAGUCGUCUCGUGAUAUAAGACCCAAGUACUGUUUGUACAAGAAGUGUAGCUACUUUGCGAAGGGGAAGAGGAAAGUCCAAACCAAAGACAUCCUGAAGGAGGUGGGCGACCCCAUCCCACCUUCUGCAGGUCAGACUGUCACCAGGGUCAUCACCAUCCCUCCUGACACGUGUGUGUCCAUCUUAAACUGCAUCAUCCUCAGAGUGGAGUACAGACUCAGGGUCUAUCUGGAUGUCAAGUACGCUUCAGACCCCGAGAUCAAGUUCCCCGUGGUCAUCCUGCCCGCUUUACAGGGUCCUGACGGGGAACAUCUUCCUGCUUAUCCAACCUACGGAUCUGAAGGCUAUGCAGUUGCAGGCUCAGACAUGCCGGGAGGAACCGGCUUCUUCCAAAACCAAACAGCCUGUGGCCCUUUUGCUCCACCUCCACCCUAUGAGACAUACAGGACGUACCCCCGCCUGAGUGAUUUCAAUGAAAAAUCAUAGAAGAUCAAAUAUAGAUUUGGAUGGUGUAAAUUCACAGUAUGACACAUGACUUCAAAUCAGGGACUACAGUGUUGCAGUAUCAAUUACAGUGUCGAUUUUUGCUUAGUCCCUGUUGUCCAGGCCAAACGGCAAGAACAAUGACAAUUUAAAGAUUUGUCUUUUUAGAAGAUUUGUGAUAACUAUAAGAAUCUCAAGAGUAGGAAUAAAGGAGUUGAUCCCUGGGAUGAUUUAAAUGCCAGUGAAUUACUUUCUCUACUUGAGCUUGUGUUUAGUGACAAACACUGACAUUUUGUAGGUUAUGUCAGAAAUAAUAUGUACAUAUUUGCUUUGCCUGCUUCUUGAACAUGUAGAAUAAAUACUACUCUGCCAAAAUAA